GUGCAGCCGCGGCCGCCGAGCCGAGCGGCGCCGCGCGGGGCCGAGUGGAGCCGAGCAGCAGCCGCGCCGCGUCGCCGGUUUAAGCGCAGUGCGGGGCCGCGGCCGGGGGCGGCGGUAGUGAGGCCAACGCUGCGCUCCAGCCCCCUUUUCCCUCCAUGGUUUCUCUCCGCUCCCGCGAGUAACUUGGCUCCGGGGGCUCCGCUCGCCCGCCCGCUCGCACGCCGCACGGGACUGCGCUGCUGGCCGCUGCCGCGAGCAGACCCCCUCCGACGGCCCUCGCCGCGCAGGCCGGGACGCCUCUCCCCCCUCCGCCCCGCCGCGGAAAGUUAAGUUUGAAGAGGGGGGACGAGGGAAACAUGGACAUGAAGAGGAGGAUCCACCUGGAGCUGAGGAACAGGACCCCAGCAGCUGUUCGAGAACUUGUCUUGGACAAUUGCAAAUCAAAUGAUGGAAAAAUCGAGGGCUUAACUGCUGAAUUUGUGAACUUAGAGUUCCUCAGUUUAAUAAACGUAGGCUUGAUUUCAGUUUCAAAUCUCCCCAAGCUACCUAAAUUGAAAAAGCUUGAGCUCAGUGACAAUAGAAUCUUUGGAGGUCUGGAUAUGUUAGCAGAAAAACUUCCAAAUCUCACACAUCUAAAUUUAAGUGGAAAUAAACUGAAAGACAUCAGCACCUUGGAACCUUUGAAAAAGUUGGAUUGUCUGAAAAGCCUGGAUCUAUUUAACUGUGAGGUCACUAAUCUGAAUGACUACCGAGAGAGUGUGUUCAGGCUCCUGCCCCAGCUGACCUACCUGGACGGCUACGAUCGAGAAGAUGGGGAAGCCCCCGACUCAGAUGCGGAGGUGGAUGGUGUGGAUGAAGAGGAGGAGGAUGAAGAAGGAGAAGAUGAGGAAGACGAGGAGGACGAGGACGGUGAGGAGGAAGAGUUUGAUGAAGAAGAAGACGAAGACGAAGAUGAAGAUGUAGAAGGAGAAGAUGAUGAAGAUGAAGUCAGCGGGGAGGAAGAAGAAUUUGGGCAUGAUGGAGAGGUAGAUGAAGAUGAAGAGGAUGAGGAUGAGGAUGAGGAUGAAGAGGAAGAAGAAAGCGGGAAAGGUGAAAAAAGGAAGAGAGAAACAGAUGAUGAAGGAGAAGAUGAUUAAGACCCCAGAUAAACUGCAAAAACAGAACUGUUCAGUAUUGGUUGGACUGCUCAUGGAUUUGAUAGCUGUUUAAAAAAAAAAAAAGGUAGCUGUGAUACAAACCCCAGGACACCCACCCACCCAAA